AUGUAAGUGGAUGAAUAUUCCAAAAUCACUUCGAACUCAAAUGGAAUGAACAUCACUCUUAGAGAUUUAUUGGAUUAGCCAAUCCAAACCAAAACAGCCAAAGUAAUAGAAGUCUUCAUUAAUGAAGGUGAUUAUGUGUAUAAUUGUUAUAUUGCUCUCAAAAUUUCAUAUCAAGGAGAAUUGAUGGAACUUUAUAAUAGAUGGCCUGGACGAAUAGAUGAAGUUUUCAUAAAGGAAAAUGAUUUGAUUGGACUCGAUAGUAUACUCUACAAUAUAAAGAGUGAAUUCAGGUAAGAUCUAUAAGUCGAGUUCAUUUAGUAUGGGUUUACUCAUAAACGCAAUUAGAAUAUUAGGAUAAACAUUAUUAAAAAUAAAGAAGAUCCUACGUCUGAACAAGGUGACAAAAUUCCCUUGGAUCCAAAAAUCAUACUUGGACACAAAGACAACAUAUUUAGAGUUGAGAUGAAUGAUGGAAAAACAAAUGAUGUAAAUAUUUUGGUUAUGAAAACUAAAUAUCCUCAACUAGUAGUCUAAUAUUUAGAAAACAAAUUGUGA